UCUUUCUUUCAAUUUGCCCCUCCAAUUCAACUACACCUACUUGCGUGCAAUUUCUUCCACAAUCAUCGUGCUAGCCGCCAACCGCCUUCAUACCAGUCCGGCCCGUCCUAAAUUAGAGAAAGCCUGGAGCCAUGUCUCGGUUUUUCCGCAGCGGUGACGACAGCUCUAGCGAGAGCAGCUCCGAGGAAGAGGAGCUCUACUCCGAGGGGGGGGAGGAAGAAGAAGAAGAGCAGGAAGCGUCCGAAGAGGAGGAAGAUGAGGACGACGACGAGGAUGAGUCCGAUGAGGACUCUAGCGACGAAGAAGGUGCCAAGAAGUCUGGUGCAGCUCGUUUCUUGCGUGGUGAUGACUCGGAGAGCGACGAGAGCGACGACGAUACCCCGAAAACCCUCAAGAGCGCCAAGGACAAACAGUUAGCCGAGCUCGAGGCCAUUAUCGAUACUAUCGAGAAACGGCAGAAGAUUAGCGAUUGGGGCGCUGUAUCUAUAGAGUUCGAUAAGCUCAAUAGGCAGGCCAUGAAGAUUGCCGAACGUGGCCGGACGCCGAAGCUCUACGUCAAGGCCCUCGUUGAACUCGAAGAUGCCAUGAACGAGACGAUUUCGAAGCAGAAGGUCACCCCCAAGAAGAUGAAUGCCACCAGCGCACGCGGUCUCAAUGCCGUCAAGCAAAAGAUCAAGAAACUCAAGCAAGACUACCAAACACAGGUCGAUGCCUACAGGGAGGAUCCUCUUGAUUUCCUCGCCUCGGAAGAGGAAGACGAAGUCCCAGAAGUGAAGCCUAAGAAGCUCAAGGCGGAGUUGCAAACUGAUUUGGUUGACGAGGACGCGGACGGGUACGCGACGGUCGGCAAAGGCGGCCGGACUCUUCAGUUUACCCCGGAGAGCAUAUUCAAGCACCUGCGGGGCAUCUUGGAGUCUCGUGGCAAGAAGAAUACCGACCGAAUUGAACAGAUCAAGAUCAUGGAGAAGCUUCACGAGGUUGCCAUCACUCCGUACCAGCGAAUCAAGGUUCUGCUCACUCUCAUCUCCGCACGCUUCGAUCUCGGCACUGGUGGGUCGACGUCCAUGCCGCUUGAACACUGGAAGGCUGCGGAGAAGGAGAUAUCAACCCUGUUCGAGACUCUUGGGUCAGAGAAGGAGUACGUUGUGAUCGAAAAUGCCGAGGAAUGGGAAGACGACGAAAAGCCUCCCACGCUACAGGCUGGCGAGAAGUACAUCAAGAUUCCCGGAAGCAUAGUGUCAUAUGUCGAGCGACUCGACGACGAGCUUACCCGAUCGCUGCAAAGCAUUGACCCCCACACAUCGGAGUACAUUGAACGGCUAACCGACGAGGGCUCGCUGUACAACGUUAUCUUCCGGGGCCUUCUCUACUAUGAGACCCUCUCUAAGGACCCGUCUUUGCAGACCCCCCAAGAUAGCCUGAACCGCAUCGUGAUGCGUAGACUCGAGCACGUGUACUUCAAGCCCGCGCAAGUCGUUAAGAUUCUCGAAGAAAACGCCUGGAAACCUGUACCAUCGGAAGUCGAAUCUACCAUCACUCCGAGGGGGACCGUAACAGAUGCCACUAACCUGCUCAACGUCCUGUGCAGCUACCUGUUCACAAAUAGCGAAGGGAUAAUUCGGGCACGGGCGAUGCUGUGCCAGAUCUAUUUCCUCGCCCUCCACGACGAGUACUACAAGGCGCGCGAUAUGAUGCUCAUGUCGCACUUGCAGGAAACGAUUGGCAGUUUCGACGUGCAGACCCAAAUCCUCUACAAUCGAACUUUAGUCCAGGUCGGACUGUGCGCCUUCCGGAAAGGUCUGGUCUACGAAGCGCAGAACACCCUUCAGGAGAUCUGCGGUAGCGGGCGGCAGAAGGAGUUGCUUGCCCAGGGUGUCAUGAUCCAACGAUACGCCCAGGUCUCCCCCGAGCAGGAGAGACUAGAAAAGCAGAGGCAGCUACCCUUCCACAUGCAUAUCAACCUCGAGCUCCUUGAGUGUGUCUAUCUGACCUGCAGCAUGCUUCUCGAGAUCCCCCUGCUUGCCCAAACCGGCUCCUCCCCCGACAUUAAAAAGCGAGUCAUCAGCAAGACCUACCGACGCAUGCUCGAGUAUCACGAGAGACAAAUCUUCACCGGGCCUCCUGAGAACACCCGUGACCAUGUGAUGCAGGCCUCCCGCGCCCUAGCGGCCGGCGAGUGGAAGAAGGCGACUACCUUCGUCCACAACAUCAAGAUCUGGGACCUGAUGCCUAACACCGACGAGAUCAAGACUAUGCUAUCGAAGCAGAUCCAAGAGGAAGGCCUACGGACAUACCUCUUCACGUAUGCGCCGUUCUACGACACCCUCGCCGUCUCUACGCUGUCGUCCAUGUUUGAACUUGAGGACCGCAAGGUGUCGGCCAUCGUUAGCAAGAUGAUCAGCCACGAGGAACUUGCAGCUGCCCUUGACCAAGUCACGUCGACCGUAAUCUUCCGGAAGGGCGUGGAGCUAUCCCGCCUCCAGAGCCUAGCGCUCACGCUGUCGGACAAGGCUGCCCAGCUCAUCGAGACGAACGAGCGCACGCUCGAGCAACGGACGCAGGGCACAGCCAACGCGUUUGACAGGAGGGGCGGACAGAACCAGCGAGGUGGCCGAGGGGGAGGGCAACGGACUGGCCGGGGUGGUCCUAGAGGUGGCGGAACAGGCCAGAGGCAGGCCGGCGGCACGCAGUUUACUGGCGGCGUGCUAGGCGGUGCGGUGCGAGCCUAGACCCACUGGCCAGCAGCGCUGAAGCGGCGUCAACCCCACACAGACGCACAGGCUCUCUCUCUCUCUCUCUCUCUCUUACACACACACGCUCUCUCUUCGUCUCUUUUAUAUGUACUGCAUACGGUUGGGCUCUCGAGGUUUAAUGAAAAGCACGUCGGCACGGGACUGGCGGUGGGGGUUUGUGAUGCGGAGGUUUACCGAAGCUCGGUCAUGUAGGUAGCUGCUGCUAGGGCAUCGACCUUAGCCGGCGCGGUGGAGGGAUACUCAUAGAUAGUAGCAACUUUAUGGGGAAUAGCGGUCGAUCACCUAGGCGGGCAAUACCGUGAUUGCUUAUUAUCGUCGCUAUUAUUCGGACGCAUCCUUUACACUGCGAAUGGUUUUGCGCGUCGUGACGGAGUAAGGAUGCAGGCACCGCGUAGAACCAACGCAGACAUGGACCAGACCAGUAUGAGCCCUGGACCCAACAUCAGGGAGUAUGCGGAUGAAGUGGCACGGUGUGUCAUGAAUGCGCGCAUACAUAUGUCGGUAUGUGUGAGCAGGCC